UACCACCACCACCUCACCGUUCACGACCCAGACAUGCCUGACAAGCUCGCUGAUACAUCCGGCGCAGUCCCAGCUCCCGGCAAUGACGACACAGCAACGGCUAUCCUCAGGCCGAAGAAGUCCCCCAACCGUCUGAUUGUCGAUGAGGCGACAGCAGAUGAUAACUCUGUGGCGACUCUCAAUCCAGCGACUAUGGAGGCUCUCCAGCUCUUCCGCGGUGAUACUAUCAUUGUCAGGGGGAAGAAGCGGAGAGACACCGUGCUCAUUUGUCUGAGCUCUGACGACGUCGAGGAGGGAAAGAUCCAGGUGAACAAAGUCGCCAGGAAUAACUUGCGUGUCAAGCUUGGGGAUCUUGUCCAUGUUCACCAGUGCCUCGACAUCAAGUAUGGAAAGCGCGUGCACAUCCUCCCAUUCGACGACUCGAUUGAGGGUCUAAGCGGCAACAUUUUCGACGUAUACCUCAAGCCGUACUUCCUGGAAGCCUACCGUCCCGUCAGGAAAGGCGACACCUUCCUCGUUCGCGGAGGCAUGCGGACAGUAGAGUUCAAAGUCAUCGAGACGGACCCAGCGGAAUUCUGUAUCGUGGCACAAGACACUGUCAUUCAUACAGAGGGUGAUCCUGUCAAGCGCGAAGACGAGGAGUCGAACCUUAGCGAGGUUGGCUACGACGAUAUUGGUGGCUGCCGCAAGCAGAUGGCUCAGAUCCGUGAACUCGUCGAGCUUCCGCUGCGCCACCCACAACUCUUCAAGUCGAUCGGUAUCAAGCCGCCUCGCGGUAUUCUCAUGUACGGUCCACCCGGUACGGGUAAGACCCUCAUGGCGCGUGCAGUUGCAAACGAAACAGGCGCGUUUUUCUUCUUGAUCAACGGCCCGGAAAUCAUGUCGAAGAUGGCUGGAGAGUCGGAGAGCAACCUACGAAAGGCGUUUGAGGAGGCGGAGAAGAAUUCGCCCGCUAUUAUCUUUAUUGAUGAAAUUGAUUCCAUCGCUCCCAAGCGUGAGAAGACCAAUGGUGAAGUCGAGCGUCGUGUAGUUUCGCAGCUCCUAACCCUCAUGGACGGCCUCAAGGCGCGGUCUAAUGUUGUCGUCAUGGCCGCCACCAAUCGACCAAACUCCAUCGACCCUGCCCUUCGUCGUUUCGGUCGUUUCGACCGUGAAGUCGAUAUCGGUAUCCCCGACCCGACUGGUCGUCUCGAGAUUCUCCGCAUUCACACCAAGAAUAUGAAGCUCGCGGAUGACGUUGACCUCGAGCAGAUUGCCGCCGACACGCAUGGUUACGUCGGUUCCGAUCUCGCUUCUCUCUGCUCGGAGGCUGCCAUGCAGCAGAUUCGUGAGAAGAUGGACCUCAUCGACUUGGAUGAGGAUACUAUCGAUGCGGAGGUCCUCGACUCGCUUGGUGUCACCAUGGACAACUUCCGCUUCGCCCUUGGUACCUCCAACCCGUCUGCUCUCCGUGAGACGGUUGUCGAGGUUCCCACCGUCAAAUGGGACGAUAUUGGUGGUCUGGAUAAGGUCAAGCAGGAGCUCCAGGAGACCGUCCAAUACCCUGUCGAGCACCCCGAUAAGUUCCUCAAGUACGGUAUGUCGCCGUCAAAGGGCGUCCUCUUCUACGGCCCUCCUGGUACCGGUAAGACCCUCCUUGCCAAGGCCAUCGCCAAUGAAACCCAGGCGAACUUCAUCUCGAUCAAGGGUCCCGAGCUGCUCACUAUGUGGUUCGGUGAGUCGGAGGCAAAUGUCCGUGACGUCUUCGACAAAGCUCGUGCGGCAGCGCCUUGUGUCAUGUUCUUCGACGAGUUGGACUCCAUCGCGAAGGCUCGUGGAGGCUCUGGCGGUGACGCAGGUGGUGCUUCCGAUCGUGUGCUCAACCAAAUUCUCACGGAGAUGGACGGUAUGAACGCGAAGAAGAACGUCUUCAUCAUUGGCGCAACCAACCGUCCAGAUCAGAUUGACCCCGCCCUCCUGCGUCCCGGUCGUCUCGAUCAACUCAUCUACAUCCCUCUCCCCGACGAGCCUUCGCGUCUUUCUAUUCUCAGGGCCGCGCUCCGGAAGUCUCCUGUCGCGCAAGACGUAGACCUUACAUUCUUGUCCAAGAACACACACGGUUUCUCUGGUGCUGACCUGACCGAGAUUUGUCAGCGUGCGGCCAAGCUUGCAAUUCGUGAGAGUAUCGAGGCCGAUAUCCGGAAGGCACGGGAGAAGAAGGAACGCGAGGAUAAUGGUGAAGAGACCAUGGAAGAAGAAGAGGAAGAUCCCGUUCCAGUCAUCAGUCGUGACCACUUUGAGGAAGCCAUGAAGUUCGCUCGUCGUUCAGUAUCCGAUACCGACAUCCGGCGGUACGAAAUGUUUUCGCAAAACCUCCAGCAGUCGCGCUCGUUUGGCUCGAACUUCAAGUUCCCCGAGUCUUCUGGUGCACCUGCGGCGCAGAGCAACACCACCGCGAGCAAUGCAGGCUUCGGCGACGACGCCGCGGAUGACGAUCUCUACGCGUAAUGGCCUACGACUGUUUGUUUUCCGUUUCCUUGCUGUCCUGACUGUACUUUUUGCCAUCACCAACAAGUUGAAAACGCCUAGAGCCGUCAGGUGGUUCACCGUGUACAAUUGAAUGAGAUCGAGCAAUUAUCACUCCUUGUCGUAUACAUCUCAGUGCCCUCGGGUAGAUGGGUGUAAGUUGACCGUCAAGAGUACAUGCGUCUAAUUUCCACAUGGACGUCGGUCAGAUCCGAAUAUCAUCCUGUUCGCCUACUAUCGUGGCUUCAUUACGUGCUAUGUGUCGAAGACUCCCGUUAAAAAAGCCUAGAUACAUCGGUAU